AUUAUUCUUUGCUGCUUAUGGCAACCCGCGCCAACGCCCGCUCUGGGAAAGGCUAGCCGUUGCCCCUCCUCCCCCUUUCUUCCUGAUCCCUCAACGUUCGAGUUCAAGAUCCCCACUUUAUAGUUCCUCCGCCUUCUCCCUCUUAUCCUCAUCUGCGCGCGAUCGAUCGAGUUCUUACGAAAUCACAGUCAUGGCGACUCCCGCAAGGAGAUCCCCAGCCCCUAGAUGCCAAGCCGCGGGGUUACGGAAGCUCUCGGAGAACGUACACCCCAAUUUCCUUAUCUCGACUCCGCGGCGGAGGCCGCCGUCUAAGCCUCCCGCAGCGAAUCCGGAUAAGCGUAUUGAGUUGAGCCCCAAAAGUUCUGCCUUUGUCACUCCGAAAAAGAAGAGCUUUUUGACUCCGCAGAAGCCUUUGGAGCCCAAGAAGUGCCCCGAGGAAGGGGGAAGAAGAAGAAAUGCGGAGAGGAGCACCGAUCGCGAUGUGGACGAGAAGGGUUCGGAAGGGAGUUCGAAGGCGAACGCGAUGAGGCGAUUGAUACUGGAGGAGGCCAUGAGCAGUUUACCGGCGCACGGGGCCGGGCGGGUUAUGUACCUGGUGAAGACUUUUGAGAGGCUUCUGUCGAUUCACAGGGAGGCCGAAGGGAGGAGAGGAGGAAGGGAAGACACGAUAAAGGUCAAGAAUUGGGCAUUACCCGGCAUGGAUUUACGCCUCAAGGUCAAGGCCAGUGGAUUCUCCCUUUCGCCAGUUCCGUGUUCGGAAGAAUGCCUAACUGGAGAUUACCCAGAAGGAGGUUCUGCCGAGGAUAGCAGAGCAAUGGUUCGUCAAGAAGAAGCAGGAAUAAAAGACUAAAAGUGAAAAGCCAGCUGCCAUUCAAAUUGAGGACGGAGAUAUCAUAAAACUAAUGCUUUGGUUCUUUUCCUUCAUUGAUAAGGCUCGGCAGCAUUAAAAAAAAAAAAAAAUGCUUUUGUGACUUCCCAACUGGAUGAAGCAUAACUGAGUUCAUUGGCAAUUAGCAAAGAGGAAGGUACAAGGAAGAACAAUUUAUCAAGAAAGUGAAGGAAAUGCUUAUGGAAGAGGAGAAACAACGCAUACCUAUUGCACAAGGGCUCCCCUGGACUAGGAAGAACCUGAGGUGUGCUUACAAAUAAUUCUUCUCUUUUCCUUCCCCAUUAACAAAAUUAUCUUUGACUUCAAUAUGAGGCAGAACUUACUAGGCAACCCAAGGAAUGUGCCAUUUUAGUUGUUAUUCGCCAUUUUGAUCAAUCUGCUUCAUCCCAUUUUUGUUUCUGAAAUCAACUUCAAUUUCUUACUUCUCAAUCCUUGAUUGAUGCAGUCAAAUUUAAAGCUGACCAAGUUAUCAUGUAUGUUAGAUUCCAGCAAAGCCUCCUACAAAGGAACCAACAGAGCCACUUGAUGUUGUCCUCCACAGCCCUGAAGCUGACCAAGUUUUUUAACAUUAUUUCUUACCAAUUAAAUUUAUUCUCUGAUAAACAUAUUCUAUGUA